AUGGAAAAAAGCAAUAAUGUUACUGUAUUUAUUCUCUUGGGACUUUCCAAAAACAAGGACAUUGAAAUCCUCUGCUUCGUCUUAUUUUUACUUUGCUACAUUGCCAUUUGGGUAGGAAACGUGCUCAUAAUGAUUUCUAUCAUAUGCAGUCGGCUCAUUGAGCAACCUAUGUACUUUUUCCUUAAUUACCUUUCUCUCUCCGACCUUUGCUACACCUCCACUGUAACACCCAAACUAAUGACUGAUCUACUGGCAGAAAGGAAGACCAUUUCCUACGGCAACUGCAUGACACAGCUCUUUUCCACUCAUCUCUUUGGAGGCAUCGAGAUCUUCAUCCUGACAGGGAUGGCCUAUGACCGCUACGUGGCCAUCUGCAAGCCCCUGCACUACACCAGCAUCAUGAGCAGACACAGGUGUAACACAAUCAUCAUAGCCUGUUGUACUGGAGGGUUUGUACACUCUGCCAGUCAGUUUCUUCUCACCGUCUUCUUACCGUUCUGUGGCCCCAACGAGAUUGAUCACUACUUCUGUGAUGUGUACCCUUUGCUGAAAUUGGCCUGCUCUCACACACACAUAGUAGGUCUCCUGGUCAUUGCUAAUUCAGGCCUAAUUGCCUUGGUGACCUUUGUCGUCUUGAUGUUGUCUUAUUUUUUUAUACUGUACAGCAUCAGGGCAUAUUCUGUGGAGAGCCGCAGCAAAGCUCUUUCCACUUGCAGUUCUCAUAUCACAGUUGUAGUCCUGUUUUUUGCACCUGCAUUAUUCAUUUACAUUAGACCAGCCACAACUUUCCCAGAGGAUAAAAUGUUUGCUCUUUUUUACACCAUCAUUGCUCCCAUGUUCAACCCUCUGAUCUACACACUGAGAAACAUGGAAAUGAAGAAUGCCUUGAGGAAAGUUUGGUGUCAUCAUAUACUCCUGGAAGGAAUGUAA